AUGCAGGAAGCCAUUGUGAUCACUGAGCAGCCGGUGUCCGUCUCUGUCCCGGUGGGAUACUCCUUCACGCUGAGGUGCCGAGCUGAGGGACACACCUUGCUACAGUACCAGUGGUUCUGUCAGCACCAGUCUGAGUGCUGCCAGAUUCCUGGAGCUACCAACCAAGACUUGCCCAUCAUUGCAGAGCAGACCCAGCUCUACACCUGCAGAGUCAAUGACCUCAGCAGAAAUGCUGUCUUCUCCAACUGGGUGAAGGUGGAGGUCCAUCAGUGUGUUGCCAGAGGUUUGCCCCCUCGGCUGUGGCGAGGAGAGCCUGUCAUUGUCCUCAACCCCACGGAGCAGCAGGUGGAGCUGGGGAAGCCACUACAGCUGCAGUGUGCUGCCAUGGGGGUCCCAGCCCCCAGCUACCAGUGGUACCGCAAUGGGAACCUGCUGGAACGGCACAAGAGCAAAAAACUCCGGAUCACCCACACCAAGGUCAGUGACUCUGGCACAUACCUCUGCUGUGCCUCCAACAGCCACGGAGAGCACUGGACCAGCGCCGUGGACGUUCACAUAGGUACGUGUGGCUCUGAAAAGUUUUUUGCUACAGGUAAAAUCGCACUUCUAGUGGGCAACAACCACUACCAGCAUCACCCCAACCUCAUGGCUCCUGUCAGGGAUGUGUUUGAGCUGGGUCGUCUCCUGGAGCAGCUGGACUUCCAGGUUGUCUCCCUCCUGGAUCUGAACAAGGCAGAGAUGGCAACAGCAGUCAAUCGGUUCCUGCAGCUCCUGGGGAAGGGAGUCUAUGCUAUAUUCUACUAUGCUGGGCAUGGAUACGAACAUUCAGGAAGGAACUACAUGGUCCCUGUUGAUGCUCCACAACCCUAUGCCCCUGAGAACUGCAUCAGCGUGCAGAGGAUCCUCCAGAAGAUGCAGCAGCAGCAGACAGCCCUGAAUAUCAUCCUGCUGGACACCUGCAGGAAGUGGUACAACCCAGGACGUGCCCUCUCCCAGGUGCAGCCUCUGGAGCCCUGGGGAAACACUGUCUAUGGCUAUGCCACGAGCGAAGAUGCAGAAGCCUUUGAACUGCAGGAUGGGGAGUUCAGCUCUGGGAUCUUCAUGAAGUACCUGAAGAAACACAUUCUGCAGGAGAAGAAGGUUACACACAUGCUGGAGGAUGUGUUAGAAGACGUGGGCCGGGAUCCCCUGGUCACUGGGAAGCAGGUGAUGGAGAUCAAGCACACUCUGAAGGAAGGCAGGUCCCUGACGGAUCCCAUCCGUGCGUCGGGAGCCGCUGCCCAGCACUGGGGACACGGCCACGAGCCGCUGAGCAGAACAGUGACCUUCCGCUGUGGGGCCCGGGUGGAGCUCCACUUGGUGCGGCUCUUCUCCAACCUGAUGUACGUGUGUGCCAAGCUGCAGUCGCCCCCUGCCCACAUUGCUGACCCUCACCUGCUGCUCUGCCAGCCCACUGAGACAGAUGAUGUGGCCACCCAGAGGAAGAGCCGCCUGGACCACGUGGACACUCUGCUCACCUCUGUGUACAAGCGGGAGGAGCUGGACUGUGCCUUCCAGCUCUGUGGACUACAGAAAAUUCAGACAGACGUGGUCCUGCAGUUGGAUUUGCAUUACACCCAACCCAGCACGAAGCAGAGGACUUGUGAGACCCUGCGGACAACUCUCCAGAAAUCCCUGCUGGGGCAGUUUUUCAGCCAGAGCAAUGAGUCCCAGCCAGACCAACAGCAAACUCCUGCCUGCGUGUGCCACCGGGACACAUUGGCACCGAGCACGGAGCUGAAGGGACACGGAUCCCUCAGCACAGGCUCUGGGCACAGCUUGCCCAGCAGCAGCCCCUCCAACUUCAGCAGUGAGCCCGAGGAGAACGAUGAGAGCGACCUGGGCGCGCUCUGCUCCGCGCUGCUCCGGGCUGGCCCAGGGCAGGACAGGCCCUGA